AGAGAGAGAACCCUUCUCCAUCAAUCUGAAGAACCAUUUGUGGUUAGAUAAUAGUGUAGAUAAUAUUUUGCCACCAGCCAAUGAAUCUCACAACCAGAAUUACAGAAACAUGUUUAUUCCAUAUUGCAUAUCAGAGUCUAAGUAGGUUUUAGCAGAGGACUUUUAUUAUGAAGUCAGUUACCAGGCAGACAAAACGCACACAGGUCACGCGCCUCCCAGAGGACAACAACUACAGCACUAAUAAUAAUAAUAAUAAUAAUAAUAAUGCUAAAAAUUGAUGCUGUUUUUUCCGGAGCUGCUAAGGAUAUAAAGAUUCAGUUUACCGAAUCGAUUCUUUUCGGCUGUCCGAUUCAACGAUGUAUUUUCAUUCUUGGGUGUGUCAGUAUUAAUCAGUAUUAGUCUGUAUUAAAAUAUUUUUAAAAUAUUAGUGAACAUUAGUAACCAUCACUGAAAACUCCAUUAUGUUACCCACAGUUAUCCUUAUUAGUCACAUAUUUAUUUUUUGAACUGAAGGAAUCGCUGAAAACACAGACAGAAAGAGGAAUCGAUCUACAGUCUGAUGAUGGAACAUAAUCUACAGUGUCAUAUUUCAUUCUGUGACGUUGCGAGACUGAAUUGUGUAAAAACCAGUUUUAUUAUGAAUAGACUCAGUUCGUCCUGUGAAUCGGUUCGUCUGUUAUACUGAAAAGAACCGAUACUAAAGAGCCGAUUCUUUCCCGAGUCCGUGUAUCGCUGCAGCACGCGGAGAGACUCGGAUUUGAGGGUUUUGGGGAUGGAGGAGGAAUCGGGCCCGGAGGUCGUGACUCCGGCGCUGCGCAGGCCGGAGGAGGUGGAGGGGACCACCAGAACACGGAGAAAGAAGAAGAAGAAAAAGGAGAUCAUCUACCGCUCAGAGGCGGAGGACCAGGAUGAGGCCGAGGGCUCGGCGGUCACGGCUGAGGGCGAAGGGUCAGAGGGAAUGGACGGAGCCCUCAGCUCUCCGGCGGGAGAAGCUGUGUGGGACGCUCCUGCAGACGGCCGUUUCGUGACUCUUACGGGGACGAUCACUCGGGGGAAGAGGAAGGGCGAGCUGGUGGAGAUUCGGCUGACCCUUACCGAGCGGGAGCUGAGGGACAUGGCUCGCUCUAAAGAGCGUCUGGACGAGGAAUGCGACGGUCCGGGACCCCAGCGUGCCGUUUGCAGGCUGGAGGCGGGACGGGGUCCGCACGUGCUGCUCUGGAGCCUGUCCUGCUCGCCCUUCGUCUUCCUGCUGGCCUUCAUCACCUCGUUCUACUACGGCACCCUGACCUGGUACAACAUCUUCCUGGUGUUCAACGAGGAACGCACGUUCCUGCACAAGGUCCUAGUCUGCCCCCUGCUGGUGCUGAGCUACCCGCUGCUCAUGGUCCUGCUGUGUGUGGGCGUGGCAGCGUACGCGGCGGCCGCUCAGCUGUCCUGGAGCAUCGGCGCGUGGUGGCAGGCGGUGGGCGACCUGGAGAAAGGCGUGUGCGGGUGGGCCUGCGGGAAACUGGGACUGGAGGACUGCGCCCCCUACAACGUGGUGGAGCUGCUGGACUCGGACACGCUGUCCGGAACGCUGCAGAGUCGGCGGGAGGAGACGUCCACCGUGUGAAAAACCUCCAGGAGACACUUUACCCACAAUGCUCCUCUCAGCUCUGCACUGCUGGGCUCUUGUUUUCUCUUAAGGUGCUACAAGUCAUUUUAAACGAUGUCACUCACUCUUUACAUAUUUAUGUUAAAUAUUUAUGUAUUUAUUUAUUCUUUUGCUGCUUUUGAUACUGUGUUAUAAAGACUACGCUGUGGUCAGUGUUGGUCAGUAAUCGGCUGCACUGGUCCUGUAUAACGGCUCUCCUGGUUAUGAAAACGUGUUGUUUGCGGUGAUCACUCUGUCUUAUGGUGCUUUUUUUUAUACUUUACGGCAUUUUACACGAGUGUGUCUGUCAGCUCAGCACAACUGAUCGAGUUAUUGAUGAACUUCAAUAAAGAGCAGUUUGUCUGAA